AUGAGCCAGGAUGACACGGCGCGACAGUCUCUCGAAGUGCAGAUUGCCGCCCCGCUAGCAUCCAGUGAAGCUGUCCAGUCUGAGCCCGUGCCUGUCACUGCCCCAGCGAAGACCGUCGAUCAGUCUGAACCAAGACUAGGCUCUGUGGGACCAGCGCCAGUCGCGAUCGCGCCUCUUGACUCCACCAGCGCGACAGAACGGCUAGAGCCGCCAACGAACUCGGAGCCCAUUGACACCUCUCCCCUUGACCCAAGCUCGACGCAACAUGAGACUAGCGUCGGACAAGCCGAGCAAGAUGCUGUGCCCAGCUUGUCAGCAAUGCCAGCGCAGGCAGACGCGCAAGAAGCUACUACACUGCCAACAGGAGGCGAGACAAAUGUUAGCGAAAGAAUGGAGCACGCUGCGAGUGCUACGCAGCCGGCGAUCGAAGCGGCUGCUCAGACAGCAGCAGGAGACCCUGUUGCCUCGAAAGCCGACCAGCCAGACGCGUCUCUUACCGCGGAGAGCUCGAGUACUGAUCCGUCCUCAAUGUCAGCCUCAGAGCCGCUUACCUCGGAGGCGUUGCAAAGGCUACCCUCCAUUUCGGCUUCCAGCGUCGGUGACCUUGCACGGCCUGAUACGCCCACCUCGCUUGCUGCGAGCGAUAAGGACAGACCUCCGCUCGCUACUGCCAAUUCUGGCGCGUUCACCGCUAAAAAGACGUUUUCUAGCAACCUCAGCGUCAAUCGCAAAUUCCUCGAGAAAGCGAGCAGCGCCGUGCCGGACGGUAAGCCUGCGGCUAGUACCACCGUGCGAUCGGCCCCCAUAGGACUGGGGGCUGCGGCGGCCAGUCGAGCGUCAACAGGCGCAGCCGUCUCGCCCGGUAUCAGCAGUGCAGCCUCGCCUCUUCCGCCCGGACCGCGACUGCUGACGGGCAAAGUCGCGCCUACCGCAGCUGUCAUGCCUCCCGCAGGAAGUGCGGGUGCAACAUGGGGCAAAGCGGGCUCGCCUGGCAUGACAGAACGACCUUCUCCCUUUGCAAAUUUCGGCAAAGGUCCUCUGCCGCCUUUUGCCCAUCGCUCUCCUGCCGAGAGGCCAGGCGCAUGGACUCGUGCAGGACCCGGAGGUCCCAACAAGCCUUCGCAGGGGUUCAGUGCGGAGCGCGACUUCCCCAGCAUGGCAGAAGCCGCAAGGAGCAAGCUGCUGAAAGCGCAAGCGCAACAAGCAGGGGUAGCUAAGGAGAAAGCGAAUCAACAAGCUGCAGCAGCCGCAUCCGCAGCCUACAAUCAGCAUCUGCUAGAAGGCCUUGACGCUUUCCGCGGCACUCAUCUUGACCCGAACGCUGUACAUUGGGACGAGGAGGAAGACGACGGCGAUUAUUACGACGAUGUGAUUGAUUUUGGCGACGGCAAGCAGUAUACGAUCUCGUCUGCUACUGAGCCAGAAGCCAUACACAAUCUCGCCUCAGCACUCGCAAAUCAAGAUCAGGAGGCGGCAACAGCCGCAGCUGCUGCGUUUGAGUCGCGGCCUGCUUCGGCGAGACCGCCAGCGAGCGAGUGGGACCGUGGGGCAGGACCUGCUGCACGCGAACAAGCGAACCAGAAGACUCUGUUCAACGAGCGCCUGGGUCGCUUCGAGCCUUACGCUGGCAAGCAAAGUAAGAAGGAUGCACCUGCGAGUGCGACAGAGCCAACGAUCUUACCCCGAAGCAAGGGUGACGCUCCAGAUGCUGGCCAAGCGAACCCGGCGAGGCCCCCGAAAAGCGCCCGAGCUGCUUCUGGCUCCAGAGAGACUCAGACAGAGCCAAAUCGGCCUCGCAAAGAGUCGGCUACAAGACCACCCCAGUCGAAGCCGGCAGCCGCUUCUGCCCCACUCCAUAAACCUAUCGCAUUGCCUGCCAUCACGCCACCCACGCUUUUGCAGUCCAGUGCAACGACCGUACCGCUAGCAUGGUCCGCGCCAGCCGAGUCUGCAGCCAAAGUAAGCGCCACUCAGUCGAAUGUCGAUACUGCCUCCGCUGCGCCGACAAGAGAUAUCGAAGAGAUGCAGCGGCAAGAGAUGAUGUCAGCUGCCGAUCGCGCGAAGAAGCGAAGACAGGAGGAAGAAGCGAUACGACAGGCCGAGAUUGCACGAGCACAGAAGCGCGCUGCAGAGAUCGAGCUCAAGAUGGCUGCUGAUCGACCCAAGCAGGCCCCAGCGGCAGCCAUCAAGCCGCCAGAUAGCCAGCCGGCGAUCAUCAAGCCGGUCGCGAUAUUGCAUAAGCCAAAUGAGCGCACGAAGGAGGCUCGCAGGCCUUUGCCGACGCAGGAUGAGGUCGCGCUGCAGGCCAAGCAGCAAAAGAGUGACGCAGCAGCCGCACGGAAAGCAGCAAAAGCGAGCGAAAGUGCAGAGCCUGCUCAACAGUCUACAGACAAGGCCGUCUCUGGUCCUCAAGAUAAAUCGCCUGAUGAUCGGCAAUGGCGACGAGCGGAGCUGACAACGACGCCGGACGCGGUGCCAACGGUACGGAUGCGGGGCUCCAAGGAAUCUGCUGCAAAAGCGCAGACUGUAGCAAAGCAAAGCUUUGCGAAGCCAUCCGAGCCUUCGUCUAUCGACGUAACUAUGUCACGCGUCCAAGGCGCCCUGAACGCGGCUGAGCUGAGUAAUGCUGCUAGCAAAGAAGCUCGAGCAGGUAGCAGAGGCAAAAGGAUGGCCGCAUCGGAAGAGCGGCAAGCCCGGCCCCAGCUACCCUCGACGCCUAGCUUCAGAUCCGAAGAUGCUUCCUUUACGUCUCGGCAGCUCAGGUCGCCGUCGCCUCGGCCGGCAUGGAAUCGCUAUACUGUCAAGCUCAGCAGAACCAAUCCCAGGCGGCCAGCUUCAGCAGCACAGAAGCAAGCUAUGCUCCAAUCGCGACCGGGACGUGUAGUGGGCGUAUAUACAUGGCACGGUGAUACUGGUGAUCGCUUCGCCGGUAGUGAGCGGCGUCUCUUCUGGGUAAUGCCAGGCACCUUAGAGGUCAAACUAGCCAAACGUAGCAAGCCCGCACGACCUGCCUCGUUCCUCAGUAAGCCGGAGAGCUGGCCAGCUCACGAAUUGCGCACUAUCUCAACGGACAACAGUCGUUCCGCGGCAGUCUCAUCUUGGCGACAGACGCCAAAACCUUCGCCGGCAGUCGAGGAGACUGCACAGACUCUGCCAGCCAUUGAAGAGAUCAUGCUUGAAGAGCAAAUGUUGCCUGCGCCCAUCGUCAGCUUGCCCAGCCCCAACAAGGAUCGCAAGGCGCGGCGCGUCGUUACUGCGCCCACCGCGUCAGGCCAGCGGGCGAUCGUCAUCGAUCUCGGUGGCGAUCGCAGGAAGGCUGCUGCAGUGUCGCCGAGCGAAUCACAGGCCCUCGAGAACGAGAACACCGAUUCUUUGCCUGCCAUGGCACCCUCAGCGCGAAUUAAUGGACUGCCAGACCUCGCAGCACCAGCUCAGACCGAAGCCAAUGCGCAGGAACAUCUAGCGCGGACAAGUACGCCACCCGUACUUCCGCCCACAGCAGCAAUCGCACCAGCACCUUGGACGAAAGAUCAGCCUGCGAUAUCUGUGGCUGAUCCUGCGCUUAAAAAUGUCUGGUCGAAGCCUGUCGAGGAAGUCGGUCUGCUUUCAAAGCCCAGCAAUUCACUGGAGGGGCUCGCAGACGACUUUCCCGCGGCGCUGCCAUCGUCCGCUAAUGAGCUGAAGCUUGACGAUGGGCAGUCAGAAGCUUCGCCGGUGCUAACGCGCGACGUCUUGCGUCCAAAGCCGACAGCGACCGCUCAAAUGAGUGCGCUUACGCCAUUGCCGGUCGAUAUGAGCAGCUUAGCCGCGGGCAGCAAUCCGUACAUGGCUACAGCAGCGGCUGGCGCUUACAGCGGGCCGAAUGGCUAUGGCUACGGCUAUCCGAGCAGCCAUGUGCCGACGUCGCAGCUCGUCAUAAACCAAGGCUAUGGAUAUUUGCCCAUGCAGAACGCAGCGGCGAUGCAAAGCGCUGCAGCGCAAGGCAUGUGGUCACAAGGUCACUAUGGCGGCUAUCCUGCUGGACGACUUGCUGGAAGCGACUACUCCUCGGCGUCUUAUCUGAGCUCACCCCUUUCGCCGGGCAUGUCCGUACUGAGCACGCCAGCGAGUUUUCGCGGGCCAAAUCGCGCCGUCACCGGCGGUAGGGAAAGCAUGAGCUAUGUACAGAGGCAGCAAGAGGCUCAAAUCAGAUAUGGAUCAUCGCCUUAUGCUAAUGGCGGACUCGAUUACGGGGCGCCCGGCCGACCGCAACAGCUGCAACAGCAACAGCAGAUGCUGCGCGCCGUGUCACAUGCUGCGCCAGGUGUUGGCAUGCCCGCUUAUGCGGCUCAAUCGCCGAUAUAUCCAGCGAUGUACCCUGCAGGCGCGACGCCUGGCAAUGCGUCGACUUACGGCGCACCACUGAGCGCGGAAGCGGUCGCAGCUGCGAAAGCGAGAUACCCUUCGAGCAUGUAUCCGGGUGGCUCGCAGACCGAUCCUCGAUGGUAG